AUGAUGGGUGGGAUAACUGUAAUGAUGGGUGGGAUAACUGUAAUGAUGGGUGGGAUAACUGUAAUGAUGGGUGGGAUAACUGUAAUGAUGGGUGGGAUAACUGUAAUGAUGGGUGGGAUAACUGUAAUGAUGGGUGGGAUAACUGUAAUGAUGGGUGGGAUAACUGUAAUGAUGGGUGGGAUAACUGUAAUGAUGGGUGGGAUAACUGUAAUGAUGGGUAACUGUAAUGAUGGGGGGGAUAACUGUAAUGAUGGGUGGGAUAACUGUAAUGAUGGGUGGGAUAACUGUAAUGAUGGGUGGGAUAACUGUAAUGAUGGGUGGGAUAACUGUAAUGAUGGGUGGGAUAACUGUAAUGAUGGGUGGGAUAACUGUAAUGAUGGGUGGGAUAACUGUAAUGAUGGGUGGGAUAACUGUAAUGAUGGGUGGGAUAACUGUAAUGAUGGGUGGGAUAACUGUAAUGAUGGGUGGGAUAACUUUCAUAACAGCAGUGUCAUUAUUGUAAAUUUGUGA